AUGUUCAGCCGUUUUGUGGGCCUUACUGGCUUCAGAAGCACUGGUAUCAUCUCCCGCGCUACUUUUGCCCGUAUCAACACCAUCAAUAGCAUUGCUAGAAGAAACUUUUCUCGUAGCACUGUUCGUCUCCAAGAAUCUGUCAGUGCUGCUAAACCACAAUUGAAAUGGAACGAAUUUCUCAAACUUAGAAAGCAAGAGCGCCGUAUCAAUAUGGUCUCAUCUAUUUUCACUGCCUGGAUCGGGGCCUCCGUUGGUCUUGCCUAUGUUUCACAACUUGAGAUGGACUUGUCAUUCCAGAUCUAUGGAUUUGAUCCAAUUCUUGUGAUGUGUGUUGCGUUAAUCAGUUGUGGUGCCUUGGGUUUCUUAUCUGGUCCUUUGGUCGGAUCCACAUUAUUCAAAGCUAAAAACAAAGGGGUGUUGAAAUUAUACGAACAAAAGAACUCCACCUUCUUGAAGCACAUCAUCAAGAACAGAGUCGAUGCUUCCAGACAAAGUUUCUCCAAUCCAGUACCAGAUUUCUACGGAGAAAAAAUCACCAGUUUGAAGGAUUACAAGCAAUGGUUGAGGGAUUGCAAUGCUUAUAGAAGAAAAACCACCGAUUUCAUUUAG